GGGAGCAGUGUCAGAAAAGUGAUCGCCAGUCUCGUCACCCGGAAACACAUUCACGCAGGGUCACUUGGCAACGCGCUUCCAACAUGGCGGUGAAUCUCACAGAUCUCUCCCUGCCUCAAUUAGAGGGACUGAAAACCCAACUAGAUCAGGAGAUCGAGUUCUUGACGUCGUCAAUAGGUCAGCUCAAAGUUGUCCAGACAAAAUAUGUUGAAGCAAAAGAUAGUAUGAACGUCCUGAACAAAAACAACAAAGGGAAAGAACUGCUCGUGCCUCUUACCAGCUCUAUGUACGUCCCUGGAACAUUAAAUGACGUGGAAAAUGUUUUAGUCGACGUGGGGACAGGAUACUAUGUUGAAAAGAGUGUGGAAGACUCGAAGGCAUUCUUCAAACGCAAAAUAGACUUCCUCACAAAGCAGAUAGAGAAAAUUCAGCCAGCCCUUCAGGAAAAACAUGCUAUGAAACAAGCUGUGAUUGAAGUGAUGAACGUGAAGAUCCAGCAGCUACAACAGAGCCAGCAGGGAUCACAGAUGGUCGGACCCACCAAGGCUUAAUGACAACACCUGUUUGAACUCUUCAUGAUUGGGUCGGGGUGGAUUUUUAAGUUUGUGUGCACAUAACUCACACCUGCUGUUGUAGAACAAGACAAUGCCCUCCACCAUUAAAACGAAGGCAUGUUACGUAAAUAUUUCCCUUUUUGAUUGUUUCUAUCUGAAGUCAGUGCACAAACCUUGUCACCAGUAAAUUUUAAGUUGGCCUUUGUCAUGUUAAAGCAGUCAUGUGUACUUGGUCAAAUUUAAGUGAAUUUAAUUGGGUGUUCGAUUAGGUUGCAUAAUUAAAGAGGUUGCUGUACAUUCAAGAAA